AGCCAUAAGUAUAUUGGUCAAAACGAAGUGGAAAAGGAAUCACAAGCCUUCCUUAAUAUUCAUCAAACUUUAGUUUCGACUGAAGCUCUUGUCAACUGUUGAGGCAAGACUCCAUCCAAUAUAGGCUUUAAUUACCUCAUUUGAGUCUUCUUGUCCUCCAAACUCCAGUUAAAAUCCGUCAAAUUUGCAAUCCAGUCUUAUUCUGUUAAAUAGAGUUGCUUUGAUUACAUCCUGUCCUGCACUGAGCUUGGAAGCCCACUGAAGCGAAUCAAGCCACCAAUUAAGGCACAGCUUACUUAGCAGAACUAAUCCCAUUUGGUCAAAUGUCAGACUACAUCCCUGACCAACUGCUUGUGAAUGUGCUUUUGAGGUUACCCUUUGAUUCUCUGAUUCGAUCCAGUGACAAAUUUCGUUCCAUGCUCUGUCCUUUCUGGGAAGACCGUUUCCUCCCGCAAUUGUGCAUCUUGAAUGGUGUCCUUUGUUUGCUCUCUGAUUAUGACUUUGGGAAUCAGAGGUUUGCUGAUAUUUUUUUAAUGGAGGAUUAUGGAGUUCACGAAUCUUGUUGGUCUAAAUUAGGCUCGAUUAGAAUCCCUUUUGGCAAAUGGACAACACCCAUAGCAUUAUCCAAGAACAAGAAGCAAGUGGUUUUGCAAAUUAGCAAGGCUACGCUGGUGCUUUAUGAUCUGGAGACGAAUUCGUUCAAUGAUGUAGCCAUGAGUGGUGCAGCAAGUUCUUUAGAUUCACCUAUAAGUCUAACUUCAUGUGUUUGUGUUGGAAGCCUUGCUAGUCUGUUCUGGCAAGCCUGAUUAGGCUGAUUUGUCAUAAACUAUUAAAGAUAGAAAGCAUGUGAUCAUUUUUGAAAGCCUUGUUGGUCCGUUCUAGGAAGUCUGGUUUGUCAAAAACUGUGGAAGACAGAAAGCAUGUGAUAUUGUGAUCAUUUGAUAAUCUUGAGGUGGAAUCAAUCCUGUGUUGUAGGCAUAAAUGGUGCAGGAAAAAGAAAAGAAAGAAAAAUGGUGGUGCAAGAUAUUUUAUACUUCUGAAUAAUCUCAAGCAGGAACUUGUUCAGUGAUGUAUGCAUAAACAGUGGUGCAAUAAAAGUGUACAGUGUCUCAUGUUUGAGUUACAAACUUUGAUCGGCCUUAU